GCCGCCCCGGGGAGGGGUGCGUCCGGCUGGCGUGGGCGCGGCCGCUGCGGGCGCCUGAGGUCGGCGGCUUCGCUGUCCCCGGCAGGUGUCCGGGCGCUUCCUGCUCCUGGAGACGAGCGGGUCCUUGCGGGGAGUUCGACGCAAACUUCUGGAGAGAUCGAGGAAUCGGUCAGUCGCCUGAUCCGCCGCCCCUCAGUGGGGAAAAAAAGGGUGCUAUGCCAAACAUAAGUAAUACAUGAUCAAGUUAGUAUUUAUUAACAAAUGGCAGCGCAGUGUGUGACGAAGGUGGAACUGACUGUAGCCUGCACCAAUCUUUUGGACAAAGAUAUUGGUUCCAGGUCAGACCCACUGUGUGUGCUUCUGCAGAACACAAGUGGUCAGCAGUGGUAUGAGGUUGAUCGCACAGAAAAAGUGAAGAAUUCCUUGAACCCAAGGUUUGCCAAGAAAUUCCUAAUAGAUUACUAUUUUGAGCUUGUUCAGAAACUUAAAUUUGGAAUAUAUGACAUCGAUAACAAAACCUUUGAUCUGAAUGAUGACGACUUCUUAGGAGAACUUGAAUGCACACUGGGACAAAUAGUUUCUAGCAGGACUUUGACAAAACCAUUAAUGCUUAAAAAUGGCAGACUUGCUGGAAGAGGAAGUAUUACGAUUACAGCAGAAGAAGUGAAAGAUAACAGGGUGGUUUUAUUGGAAGUAGAAGCAAGAAAACUGGACAAUAAGGAUUUUUUUGGAAAGUCAGAUCCUUAUCUGGAAUUCCACAAGCAGACUGGAGAUGGAAACUGGGUGAUGGUUCACAGAACAGAGGUUAUUAAAAACAACCUGAAUCCUGUCUGGAGGCCUUUUAAAAUUUCUCUCAAUUCUCUGUGUUACAGUGACAUGGAUAAAGCAAUCAAGGUUGAGUGCUAUGACUACGAUAGUGAUGGGUCUCAUGAUCUCAUAGGAAGUUUUCAAACUACAAUGUCAAAACUGAAGGAGGCAUCUAGAUCUUCACCUGUUGAAUUUGAGUGUAUCAAUGAGAAGAAAAGACAGAAGAAAAAAAGCUACAAAAACUCUGGCAUUGUGAGCUUUAAGCACUGUGAGGUCAUUGUAGAAUGCACAUUCCUUGAUUACAUCAUGGGUGGGUGUCAGCUGAAUUUCACAGUGGGGAUAGAUUUUACAGGCUCCAAUGGAGACCCUCGCUCUCCAGACUCUCUGCAUUACCUCAGCCCUAAUGGAGUUAAUGAAUACCUGACAGCCAUUUGGUCUGUAGGAAUGGUCAUUCAGGAUUAUGAUACAGAUAAGAUGUUCCCAGCCUUUGGAUUUGGUGCACAAAUUCCUCCUUCCUUUCAGGUGUCACAUGAGUUCCCAAUAAAUUUUAACCCAUCAAACCCUUUCUGCAAUGGAAUCCAAGGCAUUGUUGAUGCGUAUCGGGCUUGUCUUCCUCAAGUGAAGUUAUAUGGACCAACAAAUUUUUCUCCAAUUAUAAAUCAUGUGGCAAGAUUUGCUGCUGCAGCUACACAACAGCAAACAGCAUCUCAAUACUUUAUACUUCUAAUCAUAACGGAUGGUGUGAUAACAGAUCUGGAUCAAACUCGAACUGCCAUAGUUAAUGCUUCAAAAUUGCCCAUGUCCAUUAUCAUUGUUGGUGUUGGAGGAGCAGACUUUGAUGCCAUGGAAUUUCUUGAUGGUGAUGAUGGAGUUCUUAGGUCCUUGUCAGGAGAACCAGCUGUGAGAGACAUUGUCCAGUUUGUGCCAUUCAGGAAGUUCCAAAAUUCUCCGAAAGAAGCUCUGGCACAAUGUGUUCUGGCAGAAGUCCCUCAGCAAGUGGUGAACUACUUCAGCACCUACAAACUGCAGCCUCCCAAGAAUCCUGCUGCAAAGUGAAUGGGCUACUCAGAAGAGCUGAGGCUUUGUGCUUGCUUUAUUUGCUGUAUCUACAGACUUUGGUUCUCAAGAUACUUCUGUAUACAUGUAUACACACACCUCUGUAUGGUAAUGUCUGUUAGCUUUUGCCUGCAAAUCACUUUUGUCAAGGGUGCCUUUCAAGGGCCACAUUUGUAAUUGUGUUCAUGUUUGAUGUUGAUUUGAAAGAUGGGGCUUACAUGGGUGCAUUUUAUUUUGAAGACUGGAAAAAAAGAUUGAAUAUGCAGAGAGAAGGGGGAGAAUGGCUGGAAGUGGAACUGUUUUGGUUGAUAAAUAAUGCCAAUGGGAAUGUUUGGUUACUUUUGUGGGGAUCUGCACUGAGGACUUUGUUUAGCAAUCAUAGAACCACUCCAGAAUGAAAAAAACAUUUAUAUUUUCACAAGCAGAUAAAAGUUUGUAUGUAUGUCAAUCAAUUUGGAAUACUUCAGUCUUCUGUGACACCAUAAGAAAGUUUUUUCAUAGUAGUUCCAUAAUUAGACAAGUGCCAAAACAGAGUGUAAAAACAGUCCUUGCAUGCCUGCUUCAUAUUUGCCACUUCAGUGCCUUUAGCCAAUGCCUGAAAUUCGGAGCUACAUGAGCAUGAUCCAAACAAGUCAUUAAAGUUUGUAUUGUUUUAUAUCAUGUAGUCCCUUCAGGUAGUACAGGAAAUAACUAGGGUGAAUCAAGGUAAACCCCUAACAUCUCAGAAGAAUGUUAUUGGCCUUUGAGGCUACUACUGUAGCAGCUGUAAGAUUUUUUUCAAUGGAUCUUGUGCUGGAAAAUGGGAACUCCAAAUCUUCUUUUAGUUGAAGGGUUUUUUGGUUUUUUUUUUAUUCUUGUUUUUUCUGUUGUUUUUUUUUUUUGUAAACAGCCACAGCUACUGACUAAAGGAUUUGUCGGGAAGUGGGAAUUUACUUUUCAGUUAAAAAGUUUUGUCUGAUUUAUAACUGCCUAUUUUCAAGCAAAGGCAGUUCUUGAAUGUGCUUCCUAAUUUAUAUUGGUUUUGUCAUAUUUUGAAUCAUGUUUCUUUUUCAUGAGAUUACUCAUGAAAAGUGCCUGCAAAAAAAGAAACAAUAAUCACUCUUACCUCCCAGUAGAAAGACAUAAGCAAGUCUGUAAGCUCUAAUCCUGUAAUUAUAUUGUGUUUCUCUAGGGCAAACAGUUUCUGAUUUUUUUUUCUUGCCUUGAGUUUUCAUCAUUUACCUCCAUGUGUAAGUCAUUUUGUGGAUGGACGAAGCUUUCCUGUCUCCAAGUUCCAUGCUGCUUGCAGAAGAUCGUUUCUGAUCCUGUCAGAACAUAAAUGAAUGUAAAAGUCUCCUUUAUCACUUCAAAAAUGUCCACCUUGACCAUUAAUUUUGCAGAUGGUUUAGAGUUGGAUAUCUGGCUGAUCUGAUUUUGAGUGGUCUAGCUUUAACCUGUGAGAGGAGAAUGGACUAACAUCAAAUUUAGCAUAUUUGAGCACACAGACUUCCCCAGGUCAGAGUCUAUAUGACUUAGUGUGUAACUUUUUUAGUUGCUGAAGCUGCUCUGUGUAUCUUUGGUCUUAGGGUUGUUUUUAUUCCAUGCAAUCAUUAUGAUAUCAAAAAUCUGAAUUCAUAUUAACAUUGAAGGAUCAAAGAUAGAUAUAUUGAGAUUUUUUUUACACAACCUGUAGAACAUAAAAAUGUUUUGUAGGCAGUUGGUUGGUUGUAAGUCACAAAUGAAUGUUGCUCUCCCUCCAUUUUCCUUGGUGGAAGGGGGUCCUAUAUGUUUUCAGUAGUAGCAUGUAAAGGAAGAGUUUGUUUCAUAUUAAGCCAAACUCUUACUUUAAAAAAAAAUGUGAUAUGUGUGUUUGUUUCUAUAAAAAUCUACAAUAAUCUUUUUAUCAGUAUAGUGCUAAGGUGUUAUAACUAUACAUAAAUUAUAAUGAAGUGUCAUGCCAGAUAUGCUACAUGAAAUAUUAAUAUCAAGGAAGUAGUUAAAAAGAACUGAAAUCAUACUGCUGCCAAUUGCCUUUAUGACUGUGGAACAGUAAAUUGUUUCACAGCUGAAUGCUCCAUACACAGAGGGAUGCAGUAUUAUGCUUUGUCUAGAUUGACUGAUGAGUACUACUGAGAGGAGUACAAGGUACUACUGAAGUUCCAGUGGACUCUGGCAAAAAUACACUGCUGCAUCCAAGUUCUGCUACUAGUUCUAAGUUGCUCUGGAAGUGCAUUUAAAUGCAUUUAGGUAUGUUAAUAGCUAUUACUAUACUAAAUAUCUGCUGCAUACAAAAUACAUAAACAUCUUUGUUCUGUCUAUAUCUUAUAUAUACUUUCUGAGUUAGAAAAUUUUAUAUCUCUUAUUUGGAAAAGUGCCUCUAUGUCCCUGAAGCUUAGGGAACUAAAUAGCACAUCAGUGACACCUUCUUUUCAGUGUGUCCUAUUCUGUGUAAAAGAGAAGUGUUUCAGACCUGUCAGCAGCAAGAACCAUUUGCCCAGUAUAACUUCUCAUAGAUGUAUGCAGCUAGCAGCCUGCUGGAGAAUUUGGAAACUUCCAAGUUAAGCUAAUGGAGUGUUCAACUCAAGGAAUGCAAUCGUUUGAGUCAAGAGGAAGGAGAGUUAUUUUGUUGCUUUGCCAUAUUUUUGUUUACUUUACAUGUAAAAAAUGCCUUAUUCACUUGAGAGUGACAAAAGAUUAUAAAAUUUUUUUAAGUCAAUGUGCUUGUAGGUUACUUGCACCACCUUGUGAUAAAAAUGAUGUAUAGCAGUCUUCAUAAGCAGAUGCUUUUUGCCAUUUAGUGGUCAUAAUAUAUACAUAUGUACAGCAAAGAAAUAAACUGUUACCAGAAUUUUUUACUUUCCUAUGUAUCUCAGUUCUGAUGAAGUUAAAUGAUAUACAAUGCCUUUGUAUUAAAAAUACAUUUCAAUACACUGUUCUUCUGUUGC